CCAGCACCAACAUAAAAAAUCUAAACGUCACUUGCUAAUCAUAAAAUAUGCACAAAAUAUGUACAACAGAUAAGUAGUACUAACUUUUUCAGAAUGAAACAAAUUUAUUUGUAUAAUCUAUUAUGGCUGGAGAAAAAUCACAAAUUGAGAGAAUUAUUGAAGAAAUAAAUUCGACAAAUGCAAAGAAGGUAGCUCUUGUUCUUGUGAUUGGAUUUGCUUGUUAUCAUGGAAUAUUACACUUGAGAUUUGGUACCAACUCUUGUAAGUGGCUUUUAUCUGAUGGAAGGUAUAAAGCAGAUAAAGAAUGGCAGCCUUAUGGGUGUAUGCUACAUCUCUACACUAACAGUGACACUAAACGAUGCCUCCGUUACUUAGGAUAUAUUGGAUUACAAUCCCACUUUGUUUUCGUGGGCGAUACCAGAAUAGAGGAAUUAUAUAAGGCUUUUGUACACCAUUUAAAACAAGAGGAAAAUGUUAGCCAGAAACCAACUCUUGUAUAUACUAAUUUAACACACAUUGAUGACAGAUUAAAAAUAAAGGUGGACUUCAUAUGGUCACCAUAUGUUUCACGGCAAAUGGUCAGUCUUUUCAGGCAUUGGGAAAACUCUGAUCAUCCUCCAUCGGUUAUAGUGGCUGGAGGCGCGCUAUGGCCAAUAAUAUCAUCAAAUGCUUCAAAGGUAGCCGUAAAAGAAUAUUACAUGAAUCUUACCAGAUUAGUUCAACCCAUCGACAGAUUGUCUCGACGGAAAACCUGGACACUAUGGGCUUUGCAGGCACCUGUGAACGAGGAAAAAUUAAAACCUGAUGAGCAUAUGGUUACAAAUGCAUUAAUUGAUCAAUACAACGCUGCUGCAAUUGAGGUUUUAUCCCACUCUGCCGCGGAUCUUUGGUGGAGUGCCCGUUUGGUAGGCCAAGGGAUGCUUCAGGAAAGCCCGGAUGGAAUUCACCUUGCAGAAAAACCACAAAUACAUGAUACACAGAUUCUUCUUAACAUGUAUUGCAAUGAUUAUAUGGCUUUCAAUGAUGGUACCUGCUGCAGUUCAGUGGAGCCAAGGACAACGUUGCAGAUUGUCACUUUCGUCGUUAUGGCUAUUUGUGUAACAAUUGCAAUAGUGAUGAUACUUAGAAGACUGUUACUCCGAUAUUGCGGCAAACCGGUGUACGACUACCACAGAUUACCUGAUAAUGAUUCGCAGCCCCAACUACCACUAACCAGCAACAAUUAUUUAUUCCUGUUCAAAACCAUCUCGAAGAUGACUCUGAUCAUUGCGUACUUUUUUAUCUGCGAUCGCACAAAUUUUUUUAUGAAAGAAAAUAAAUACUAUUCCGAAUUUAGUUUUUGGCUGCCUAUUGGAUAUAUUACUGUUUUAGGUUUAUUUUUUAUGGAAGAGAGUAAAUUUAACAAGGUAUUGCACAGGGAUCAAUUGAAUGAAUGGAAAGGGUGGAUGCAGAUUGUCAUUUUAGUGUAUCACGUCACUGGAGCGUCUAAGGUUCUAUUGAUAAAUAUGCAUAUUAAAGUGUUAAUAUCCGCUUAUUUAUUUUUAUUAGGUUAUGAACAGUUUUGUUAUGUGUGGUAUAGAAACGAUGUAGGAAUUGUAAGUUUUUGUCGAAUGUUGUUUCAGCUCAAUUUUAUGACAGUUACAUUGUGUCUCAGUAUGAACCGUCCAUACCAAUUUUAUUAUUUUGGUCCUCUAUUAUCCUUCUGGUAUCUUAUGAUCUACUUCUUUGUUGCCUUUCCUCCUCACAUCACGGCGCAGAUCUCAGAGAAUAAUGUGAUGCAGUAUUUUUAUUUACUUAUUAAGUUUAUCACUUUUUGUAGUGUGGUUACAAUUCUUUUUAUGUCAGAAGUAUUUUUCGAAAAAAUUUUUGUUACCAGGCCAUGGAAGGCUUUGUUCGUUACCAUAGAUGAUGAUAUUCAUGAAUGGUGGUCUAGAUGGAAGCUGGAUCGUUACUCUGUAAUGUACGGAAUGAUUUUUGGGGUUAUUAUGGUUUUGUCUCAACGAUACAAUAUUUUUGACGACAACAACCAUUCUAAUUUAUUUUCUAGGGGUAUAGCACUGAGUUCAACCCUUCUGGCACUUGUAGGCAUAGGUUCUUACAUGAUGUUCACUUAUCUUUGUAGAAAUGAACUUGAAUGCAGUGAGAUCCAUUCGUAUAUUGUGUUUAUACCUAUAGUAAGUUUUAUUUUUCUCCGAAACAUAUCGGGUGUACUCAGAACACGAUAUUCAAGCUUGUUUGCUUGGUUUGGAGAAAUUUACCUCGAGCUAUUUGUUAGUCAGUACCAUAUCUGGUUAGCAGCUGACACUCACGGAGUCUUGGUACUCGUUCCAGGAUACCCGGUACUUAACUUGAUAAUAACUACUUAUAUUUUCGUGUGCGCCUCUCACGAAGUCCACAAUAUUACCAAAGCGCUACUCCCAUAUGCUGUUCCAAAUGAUUGGAAGCUGGCACUGAGAAAUUUAAUUUUAUUUCUUGCUGUUUUGGUGCCCAUCGGUAUUAAUGACGGUAUGUUUUAAGUAUAACUACUCUAUUAUUUGUGAUAAAUAUAAGUUAUUUAAGU